CGGACAAAUUUUUCCCUUAUCUAUAUGACUUUGUUUGGCGAUGGUGACGCCCACAAGCAGAGACAUCCAAUCAUUAAAAACUGAAUCAAAGUUCUGACAAAAAUAUAACACCGUAAGUGCUGAAGCAAAGCUCACGGGCUCUAAUGGCCGAAAUCAAAGCAGAUACUGAUACAGUUCAGGUAACACCGGCGCACAGUAUCUCCGACCAAAAAGUUGCAAGGACGAAACGGGUUGCUUCUGUUGACAUCUUUCGAGGCCUAACAGUUGCGUUGAUGAUUUUGGUCGAUGAUGCCGGUGGAGAGUGGCCUAUGAUUGGGCAUGCACCUUGGAAUGGUUGCAAUCUUGCGGACUUUGUAAUGCCAUUCUUUUUGUUCAUUGUGGGAAUUUCCAUUGCGCUUGCUUUCAAGCGAAUAUCCAAUCAGCUUGUGGCUGUCAAGAAGGUGAUUCUGAGAACUCUGAAACUACUGUUUUGGGGUCUCCUAUUACAAGGAGGUUUCUCACAUGCACCAGACAAGCUAACAUAUGGUGUAGACAUGAAAGUGAUAAGGUGGUGUGGGAUACUCCAGAGAAUUGCUCUUGCAUAUCUGGUAGUGGCACUUGUGGAAAUUGUUUCAAGAGAUGCACAAGCCAAGGGUUUAACACCUGGCCGUCUCUCUAUAUUCAAGUUAUACGCUUGGCAUUGGAUGGUGGGAGCAGGUGUCCUAGUUGUUUACUUGGCUGUAAUUUAUGGGAUAUAUGUUCCUGAUUGGCAUUUCACUGUCCGUGACAAAGAUAGUAUUGAUUAUGGGAAGAGUUUCACUGUAUCAUGCAAUGUGAGAGGAAAACUGGAUCCGCCAUGUAAUGCAGUAGGAUACAUUGACAGAAAAGUUCUGGGAAUCAGUCACAUGUAUAUACAUCCGGCCUGGAGGAGAUCUAAGGCUUGCACCGAGGAUUCCCCAUAUGAGGGGCCCUUUCGGAAAGGCGCACCAUCUUGGUGUCAUGCUCCUUUUGAACCUGAAGGAAUUUUAAGCUCUAUAUCUGCUAUUCUGUCAACAAUCAUAGGGGUGCAUUUUGGGCAUGUGCUCAUACAUUUAAAGGGUCAUCAGGAAAGAUCGAAGCAUUGGAUCCUGACAGGUUUUGCUCUCCUCAUUUCAGGGAUUAUUCUUCAUUUCACCAAUGCAAUACCUUUAAAUAAACAGUUGUACACGCUUAGCUAUGUUUGUGUAACUGCUGGAGCAGCAGCAUUGGUAUUCUCAGCCUUCUACAUAAUGGUUGAUAUAUUCAAUUUGAAGUAUCUAUUCUUGCCCCUGGAAUGGAUUGGCAUGAAUGCUAUGCUUGUGUAUGUUAUGGCAGCUGAAGGCAUCUUUGCAGGAUUCAUCAAUGGGUGGUAUUAUGAUGACCCCCACAAUACACUAGUAUAUUGGAUUCAAAAGCACAUCUUCAUAGGAGUUUGGCAUUCCAGGAAAGUAGGCAUUCUACUUUAUGUCAUCUUCGCAGAGAUCCUGUUUUGGGGCAUUGUAGCUGAUAUUUUGCAUUGGCUGCGCAUAUACUGGAAGCUUUAGAAGAUAUUCAAUUACAAGUUAUAUUAGGAUUUUUUUUUUUUAAAAUUUUCUUUUUUGAUUUGUGCUAAAACUUUUGCCACUGGAUAUGUAUAUUGAGAAAAAGAACAACCUUUGGCUAGUUAUUUGGUGUCCAUGUUUAUUUUUAGACAUUAAUAUGACCCAGAUUACACAUCACCGCUUUCAUUUGCAUCACCUUGUAUAUAUUGGUACACUAGCUUAAAUCGAACUCUAUGGUUUGUAUU